AUGACGCCGGACCAAUCCCUUGGUUUAGGAAGCGUCUUUUCAUCGUUGGAUGAACAACAGGCUAUCAAGGAUGUUCAGCAAGUCAUGACACAUGGGUAUAUUCAUGGUCAUGUUCACCAGCACGAAGACCAUAUGCAUAUUCAUGGACAUAUCCAUAAUCAUGAUCAUCAGGCUGAUAGGGCCAGGGAGGCAGAUACUCCUCCUCUUGAAACUCAUGGAUGCGUUGAGCUCAACAAAGACUGCGAUGAUAUCUUCUGCAGUGAACUUGACGACUGUUACUUUGGUGACUGCGAGAACCCCAAGGUUUGCGACACUGUUGAUUGCCUUUCGAAGGAUUGUGUGAAUACCCGUUGUACAAACUAUCAAGCGCAUCAAGAUAGUGAUACAUCAUCCGUUUGUGAAGAUGAACUUUGCUCCGACAAAAUUUCUGAGAUUGAAUGCUGCGAAGAUCCCGACUGCUUAAAGGAUACUGAUGCGAUUUGCGACGACCCCAAAUGCUUAGAAAGCCAUGAUGUUUUAGGUCAUGAAAAUAACCUUUGUGAUACACAACUGCAGAGGAUGGCAAUCUUCCGAAGUCUUUUGGAAAAUGUGCAAAGGAGUGUUGAACUGCUGAGAAAAUCAAAGGAAGAUGAUGGGCACCAGCCAACGAAAAAAGACGAAUCGCUCUUCCCAACAGCGAUGAUAUACAGAUACAUUUUCCUCACCGGUGCCACCUGGUGCGGGAGUUCGAAGAUGAUAGACGAGCCAGGCCAACAAUCUCUCCAGAGUCGUCUCCUGCAACGUUGUGUAAAGAUUGCCCAGUUGAUAGUUGACGAUAGCACUUUAUUGGACCACUUAAUUGCUGACCAUGUUAACGAAGAAUAUAGUUUGGAUAACCGUGAGAAUUUGCAGCACCAAGCUUUCCAAUGCGAGUGGUAUAACUGCGGAUUCACAAACGAAAACUAUGAAUCCUUUGUCAGCCAUUUGAGCACUCAUAAAGGUCUUAACGAGGAGAGUUGCGCCAGCACUCGGUCAGAAACUGUCACUUCUGCUCCCAGAGGGUCUCCUUUACUCACACCGAACUCUAUUGUUUCCUCACUUGGAUCCCCGAAGACUUUUGUCAAGAAAGAAGAACAAAGCCCUUCAAAUGGCGUCAGCAUCACGCAGAUGGAAAUAAAACCAAAAAAGUCACUGUGCUGUCAGCCUGUUGAUCCUCUCUACACUUGUAACUGGCAGAUCGGUACAGAUAUCAACAAUGAACCAAUUGUUUGUGGGAAAGUGCAUGCAUCGGAUGGUGACCUUCAAGCGCAUUUGCAGCUGGAUCAUAUUGGCCUGGGUAAGCCUCAGUACGACCUUCUAAAGAGCAUCCGUGUGCCACGGACAGGAGAGCUGUUGACUUUCGCCUACUCCGCCCCUGUGCUUUCGGGUAUUAGUAUCCAUGACCUUCCCAACUCUUCCUUUGAAAAGUUGGGUCAGUACUAUAUCAAGAAAACGGCGAACGGAUAUUGGCCAGUCUACAAAAAGAUCCAAAAUACAAAGGUGACUACAGAAAUCAAGCGAAUUGAAGGUAAUGUGGGCCUAUUCGCCAAAGAGUUACUAACGGGGUUGAGUAAGAUAGAUUCUAAGAAGAACGCAGUCAAGACCUGUAACUUAACAGGACAGGUCACUAUCAAGGGCGAUUUCUCCGAGGAGAUAAAGCACUAUCUCAAUAAGUCGGUGGUGUAA